CAAAGCCAGUCGGUUAGGUCAGGCACGACGAACCUCUCUUGCGUCGCCACGGCAAAAUAAAUCCACGUGUUCCGAUAUUCAGGUGUGCCUCCACUUCGGUGCCCUACCGUCCGCGUGUGCGUUUCUGUGCCACAAUCCAUGCAGUAUUAUUUUCGUGUAACCGCUUGAGGCUCGAAAUCAGCCUUCCGAACUCAUCAUGACGAUCACAUCACUCAAUGUUGUCGAUGGAACAGUUGGAAGAAAAAGAAUACCAGCGGUUAAGAAAAAAUGGGUGCUAAUCGGGGUUAUAGCAAUAAUCAUCGUGGUACUGGUAAUCCUGCUAGCAACUGGGGUCAUACCAUCGUCUAAACCACAAUCAAUUUCGGAUACGGAACUGAAACCCCCGAAUCCAACGAAACGGUUACCACCGAGCGCUUCGAAACUGCAUAUCCUGGAAUCGGCCACGGUUUGCGCCGACAGCAUACCCUGCGCUGAGAUCGGAAGUAAUAUCUUCAAACAGAAUGGUUCGGCUAUGGAUGCGACCAUCGCAACAUUAUUCUGCAACGGAAUGGUGACAAUGCAGAGCAUGGGAUUGGGUGGUGGUUUCCUGAUGACUAUUUACACUAGAGAAGAUAAAAAAGCCUACUCCCUGAACGCUAGAGAAAAAGCCCCAAUGUUCGCAAAAAACGAGGAUUACAACGAUGAUCCAAAGAAAUCUCAAACUGGUCCGUUAUCCAUUGGCGUCCCUGGCGAGUUACGAGGUUAUUGGGAGGCGCACAAGAGAUUCGGAAAGUUAUCCUGGAAACAAGUCGUACAGCCAACGGUGGAUCUUUGUCUAAAAGGAUACAACAUGACGGCGCAUCAACAUAACACUUUGGUUAACAAUAAGUUGGCCGGCAAUAAUCCCAUUAUCAGAGAGUGGCUGUUCAACGAAGAUGGAACAAUGAAAAAAAUCGGUGACACGAUAUCACCCAAAAAACUAUGUGAGACGUAUAAAAUUAUAGCUGAAACCGAUGGCAAUGCUCUUUAUAAUGGCUCCUUAUCCAAAGGUUUCCUACAAGAUUUACAAGAAGCUGGAAGCAAAAUAGUCGAAGAAGAUCUUUAUGAUUACGAACCUGAAUGGCAAACUCCCAUAAACGUAGAAUUGCGCAACGGGGAUACUCUGUAUUCGGCACCACCACCAGGUUCUGGAUUGUUGUUAGCCUUUAUUCUGAAAAUUCUCGACGGAUAUAACUUUAAUCAAACAAGCAUUGACGAAUUGGACAACCGCAUCCUUACAUAUCACCGGAUAAUUGAAGCCUUUAAAUAUGCAUAUGCCAAAAGGACUGAACUUGGUGACAUGAGUUUCGUAAACGUCACAGAGUUGAUACACAAUUUGACUUCUACUGAAUAUGCGGACAGUAUUAGAAUGAAAAUUAAGGACAACUUUACUUCAGACGACCCAAAAUACUAUGGAGCUAUCUAUUAUCAAAAGGAAGAUCAUGGUACUUCCCACAUGUCUGUUAUAGCACCAAAUGGUGAUGCUGUAUCUGUCACGAGCUCUGUUAAUAUUUAUUACGGUUCUGGUAUAGUUUCCAACCAUACAGGAAUAAUUUACAAUAGUGUGAUGGACGACUUUUCAUUUCCUAACAUUACAAACUACUUUGGAUUACCCGGUUCUCCCAAUAACGCGAUGAAACCAGGAAAGGCCCCGCUGUCCUCCAUGACGCCUUCAAUUUUAGUAAGGCAAAAUGGUGAUGUUAGAUUAGUUGUUGGAGCUUCAGGUGGCACAAAAAUUACAACAGCCAUAGCUCAGGUAAUAAUGAGAACAUUGUGGUUUGGAGAGAACAUAAAAGAAGCGGUUGAUGCGCCCAGAUUACAUCAUCAAGUGUUUCCAAAAGAAGGAUCAUAUGAAUAUGGAUUUUUGCAACAAGAAAUAGAAGGAUUGCAGAAGAUUGGACAUCAUUUGAAACGAGAACCGUUUAGCUCAAUCGUCUGUGGACUUUUAAAGGAUAAAAAAAUAACUGGAAAUGCAGAUCAUCGAAAGGGCGGUGAAGUUUUUGGCAUAUAGAUAAUUAAAUAGUAAUUAAUGAAGAUUGUAUAUACGCAAAAUGUUUUAUAAAAUAAAAGUCACGGUAUGCUAUUGUCGUAUACAUAAAUGUUCAUGCGUAUUUUGGGCAAACGUUUUUGUUACCUAAUUGUGUCAUAUUACUAUUGUAAGAUAUUUUUACAUAGAAUAAAAUUUUAUUUAUGUCCA